CUUAACAGAUCAGGAACAGCUUGGACUCUUGAGGACACAUAGAGAAGGUGUUUCUUCCUCAAAUUAAACCAAACAGAGAUCGUAGAACAUCUCCCUGUCUCUCUUUUAGAUCCGUUUACUUCCGAUUCGAUGCCUUCUCGUAGACGUACCCUCCUCAAAGUCAUCAUCCUCGGCGAUAGCGGGGUGGGGAAAACCUCUUUGAUGAAUCAAUAUGUUAAUAAAAAGUUCAGCAACCAGUACAAGGCCACCAUUGGAGCUGACUUCUUGACUAAGGAAGUCCAGUUUGAAGAUCGCCUUUUCACUUUACAGAUCUGGGAUACAGCUGGACAAGAAAGGUUUCAGAGCCUUGGUGUAGCUUUCUACCGGGGUGCUGAUUGCUGUGUUCUUGUAUAUGAUGUCAACUCCAUGAAAUCAUUUGACAAUCUCAACAACUGGAGAGAAGAGUUUCUCAUCCAGGCAAGUCCAUCGGAUCCAGAGAAUUUUCCCUUUGUGGUUAUUGGAAACAAGGUCGACGUUGAUGGCGGAAACAGCCGAGUGGUUUCAGAGAAAAAAGCUAAGGCUUGGUGUGCUUCAAAGGGAAACAUCCCUUACUUUGAGACCUCAGCUAAGGAAGGCACCAAUGUGGAGGAAGCAUUCGAAUGCAUCGCCAAGAACGCCCUGAAGACCGGAGAAGAGGAAGAGCUGUACUUGCCAGACACAAUCGAUGUCGGGACAAGCAAUCAACAGAGGUCUACAGGGUGUGAAUGCUAAGGGAUCAUCUCUCCUAGAAGAAUUGCUUUUGAGUUCAACAAUGGGAAACUUGUCUCUCUUCCCAUUACCCCUUUUCUUCACCAGCUAUCAUCUCUCUUAUGAUAUUAUACUACAUUGCUGUACAUUUGUUCUGUUCUGGGUACCUUCAAAGCGAUUUAUUUAAAUUGUUUAAUAAGUAUAUUAUGGUUAGGAAAACGUUA